AUGUCGACUUCAAGAUCCUACCCGACACAGGCUCUUGAGCUUGAUACCCUCAGCCUCACCCGAGAGGUUGCCACAGGACCGAAAGAACCGAACCCGGUCUUAUCUACCGCGGGACGUCGGCUUGGGUCUUACCAUGACCACAAUGAGGACCUAUUCGCUGCAGGAGGCGAUGAGGCUGCACCACCAAGGGGAAGUCUAGUGGUUGAGAAGUGGAAUGAACCAAUUGGAAACGUCCUUCGAGUCGGUGCUAUUUUCUGGAGUCUUUUUGUCUCUGGCGCCAACGACGCUGCCUAUGGUGCACUCAUCCCUUAUCUCGAGACCUACUACGACCUGUCUUACCUUGUCGUGUCGCUCAUUUUCCUCUCGCCCUUUGUUGGCUUCAUCGUUUCAGCUGCUAUCAACAACUAUCUCCACAUGAGAAUUGGCCAGAGAUGGAUCGCUUUCAUGUGUGGCGCAUCGCAUGCAGCGACAUACUUGAUCUUGUCUCAGCACCCGCCUUAUCCUGUACUGGUAUUGGCCUAUGUCCUCGCCGGUCUGGGCAACGGCAUCGGGCUUGCGGCGUGGAAUUCAUACAUUGGAAACCUUGCCAGAUCCAAUGAGCUGCUCGGUUUCAUGCACGCAAGUUAUGGUCUUGGUGGCACUGUAAGUCCUCUGAUCGCGACCAGCAUGAUUACUCGCGCCGGCCUCAGCUGGUACCACUUCUACUAUGUGCUUAUGGGGUUCGCUCUCCUUGAGACUGCCACUCUCACAUUCGCGUUCUGGCCCAAGACAGCUCAGAAAUACCGCGAGACUGUCCAUGUCGAGGGCACCCGCAACGAAGGAACACGAUCUGCCCUCUUCGUCAUGCCCCAUGCUCGAGUUGUCUGGCUGUGCGCGGUAUUCCUCCUCGGCUAUGUCGGUGUCGAAGUGGCUCUAGGCGGCUGGGUUGUGCAAUUCAUGUUGCGCGUUCGUAACGCAGACCCUUUUGACGCGGGAAUGACAGCUGUGGGUUUCUGGCUAGGCAUUACUGUAGGAAGAAUGGUCCUGGGGAUGGUGAUUCCCAAGAUUGGUGUCAAGCUCUCCCUCUUGAUCUUCAUUCCCAUUACUAUGGGCUUGCAACUCAUCUUCUGGCUAGUACCCCAGUUUCAUGUCUCGGCUGUGGCGGUUGCUCUGCAAGGCUUCUUCUUGGGACCGAUGUUCCCCUGUGUCAUCGUCGCGUUGACAAUGCUCCUGCCGCGACAUCUUCACGUCAGCGCGAUCGGGUUCGCUGCGGCGUUUGGAGGAAGUGGUGCGGCUGUGCUGCCUUUUGCAGUUGGCGCAAUCGCACAAGCCAAGGGAGUGCAAGUUCUUCAGCCAAUCAUUCUCGCUAUUUUGGUCGUCUUGUUCGUCAUCUGGCUUGGUAUACCUAAGAUUGAAAAGAGGAAGGAUUGA